UCACAGCCUGGGUUUGUAAACAAGAGGAAGUCUAGACUCCCAGCUGGGGCUCUUCGCGGGGUGCUGCGGGUCUUUCGGCGGGGUGAUUCCCCUCCCCAAAAGCCGCACCGAGGCACCGUCCGACGCGAGGGCGAUCCAGCCGUUCCUCUCCCGACAGGGCUUUCAUCUGCCUUCCCCCCUCCAGCGCCUCCUCCAGGAGCUGUUUGGUUCUCCACAACUCUCCUGCCACUUUUCUCCAGGUGUGACUCCCACCACAAUGGUGAGGCUGUCCAAGCCCAAAACUUUUCAGGCCUAUCUGGACAACUGUCACCGUCGCUACAGUUGCGUGCAUUGCCGGGCCCACCUGGCUAAUCACGACGACCUCAUCUCCAAGUCUUUUCAAGGAAGCCAAGGACGGGCAUACCUCUUCAACUCUGUAGUGAAUGUUGGAUGUGGCCCAGCAGAGGAACGCGUUCUGCUGACGGGCCUACAUGCUGUAGCUGACAUAUACUGUGAAAACUGCAAGACCACUCUUGGAUGGAAAUAUGAACAGGCCUUUGAGACUAGCCAGAAAUACAAGGAGGGCAAAUUCAUAAUUGAACUGAAUCACAUGAUUAAGGACAAUGGCUGGGACUGAAAGCCAACCAACUUCUUUGGACAACUGUAUGUAGGGGGUGGAGCCUAAGAAAUGUCAAAUUUCCACCAAACCUGCCUCUAACUUCUCAACCAUUGGAUUGCCAUCCCAGGCACCUCCAGGGGCACCUGAGUUGUGAAGGAGGAGGUGGUGCUCCUGCCAGAGACACACACCCACAGUUCAGACAUGUUAACUUCCUGUGGCAAAAGGCGGGAGUUCCGGGACACCGCUGGGCCAGGGACUGUGUGCAAGCAGGGACUGGGGUGGGGGUGGGGAGGACUACGGCUGGCUCUGUUGUCCAGAGAGAUUCUGUAUUAAGAGAAAUACGGAUGGGAAAUGUAAAGUACGAGGGGGAAGGGAAACGUUAGGCGUGUACAGUACCUUUGUGUGUAUGUGUGUGUAUUAUAUAAAUAAAAGUAUUGAAGUGA